ACCUCCCACAAAUAUCUCCUUUGCCUCUAUCCCCUCUCUACUGGACCUGAUCACCUCCCACACAAAUAUCUUUACCUUUCGCCUUUGUCUUUGCUUUAACUUGCUUUACUCUACUUCUCUUCUCUACUCUUCUCUUCUGCUUUCCCUUCUCUGCAAAACAAGAGUAAUCAGUCUAUUAAGAAACAAUAAUGAAGGCUGCCAAAGGCAAAGGAACUUUGAAGAAGGACAAGAAAGAAGUAUUGAAGCCUGUUGACGACAGAAAGGUGGGAAAGCGAAAGGCAGUGGCUGAGGUUAACAAGAGCAGCGGAAAAUUGGCCAAGAACUCAAAAUCGGCCAAAAAGGACCCUAACAAACCAAAGAAGCCUGCUAGUGCUUUUUUUGUUUUUCUUGAAGAGUUCAGAAUAACUUACAAGCAAGAGCACCCGAAUGUGAAAGCUGUGUCAGCUGUGGGGAAAGCUGGCGGAGCAAAGUGGAAAUCUAUGUCUGCCGCGGAGAAAGCUCCAUAUGAAGCUAAAGCAGCUAAAAGGAAAACGGAGUAUGAAAAACUUAUGAAUGCCUACAACACUAAACAGGAGGAUACGGAUGGUGAUGAUGAUGAAGAACCUGAAAAACCAAAAGCCAGCGUGACCCAUGAAGAUGAGGAGAGUGGGGAGGAAGAUGAUGAAGAUGACGAUGAUGAGGAUGAUGAAGAUUGAAGCUAGCUGCUGUAGUGCUGUGUCCCAUUAAUAUCAAGCCCAAUAGUUGGGACUUUGUAAUCUAUUGUCACACCUUUUCACUUAUCACAUCUUUCACUGAUGUUAAAUAUGGUUUUUAAUUUGAGAGGAAAGCAUUAAGAAUGUAA